UUAGAUAAGCCCGAGGUAAGGCUCACAGCAGUAGCGCAGACAGAUCAUCCUUUAGUGAAGACAGCUGUCGGCUUUCUGUCGGAAUAAAAGCAAAUCGACAUGUCGUCAGAGUGCGUGCCUUCACCUGACGUACAAGAUGACAGGCUGGACAACAGCGAGCAGCUAUGCAAGCACUUAGAUGAUCUUUCAAACCUCUCAGAUCAGCUUAUACAAACCUGUGAGAUCAACGAAGAGAAUGAGAAGGAAAAGAAAGACCCUGAGCCGGAGUACAAAAAGCCAAGAAGAAAGGACACCCCAGUUCAGCAUGUACCUCCUUUGAUCCCAGGUGUAAAAUUGCUUAAAGAAGAGCAGCGGACAGUGUAUGCAGAGGAUGAAGAAAAGGAUGGAGAAAAAUUAACUGUUUAAUAGUUGCGCAACAGACGGCAAGAACCAUUCACUCGACUGCUUAUCAAAUGUGCCAACUUUCUAAACACAGCAAUGUGUUUCCUUUUACUAACACUGGCACAAUUCAUGAUCAAUGUAGAUUCAUAAUCCAUUAUUUAAGAUGUAUUAGUCAUCAGAUAUAAAAAAAUAAUAAAAUAUUUCCGGAA